CUCUGAAUGAAGUUGCUCUCUGGACAAAUUUCAGAUUUUUUUACAUGAAAGUGUCUGAUUACAGUGUUUUUACCACAUUAUAGACCAUGUUAUAGACCGUAUAACAUGAUUAAAACGUGGUGUAUAACUUAUAGACCACGUUAUAGACCAUGUUAUAGAACAUGGUUGAUUUCUUAUAAUCCAUCAUAAAUUUCAGAUCACAUGCCGGGUGUCAAAGUUUUACAACGGCACUUAAACGCACCGCACAUUUUAAAUCCAUAAAUGUGACUCUUUGUUUUAAAUGUAAAAAUAGACUUUAAACAGGUUUUAUUGACACAUAUAUGAUUUUAUGUACAACUAAAUCCAUAAAUGUGACAUUUAUGAUGUUUUAGAAAUAGAUAGUAAAUUAUAAUAAACAAUAGUAAAUGAACACACAUUUUAACAGUAAGGAGCUGUGGCAGCAAAGGAUCAUGGGAGAUGGAGCUGUUGAUAUUUGUUGACUGUGGUGAAUUUUAUUUUCUUUUAGAAACGGUAUCAUCUAUAAUCUGUUUCUUUAAGUACAAACAACAGGUGCUUUUAUUUUGAAAAACAAAUGGCAUGAACACACACACACACACACAUAACCACAGAGGGAAAGAGGAAGUGGUUUAACGGUUGCGUUUCUGCCUGGUGUGUGUGUGCGUGUCUGUGUGUGUCUGUAUGUGUGUGUAUUCAAAUCUUUGCGAGGACAACUUUAAGGGCUUUUUUUAGGGUUAAGACCUGGUUUUAGGAUCAGCACUUAAAAGGUUGUAAUGGUUAAGGUAAGGGUAAGGUCUAUGGGUGUCCUCACUAAGAUAUAAAAACAGGUUUGUGUGUGUGUGUGUGUGUUUCAUUAUCUGUUGAAUGUCAGCGAUGUGAGACAUACAACUAAAAUGGACACACACAUCAACCCUACGUCAACAGCUGUUAGUGUGUGUGUGUGUGUCUGUGUGUGAGAGAGAGUGCUUGUGUGUCUGUGUGUGUGUGUCUUUGUGAGGACGGAAAAACCCAGUCUAUAAACCACAGGAAGUGAAGACAUUUUGUGAAAUGUAAGGACAAUUGUGCAUGUCCUCGCAUUUAAAAAUGGACUGUUUGUGAGUUAAGGUUAAGAUUAAGACAAUGGACUGUCCUAAACCUAAUUCAAACACUUAAACCUGGUCUUAACCCCAUUAUAUUACAGGACUGGAUUUUUGUCCCCUUUAUGAAGACAUGUCCCCAUAAAGAGGAGGCUCCUCCCCGUCGCUCUGUGGCUGAACUGGCAGGAAGAUUCAGAGACUCAGCUCCUGCACAGGAAGACGCUGCAGGACAACAAACCCAGGAGAAGCCGGUCAGACGACGACCACCUCGCUCCCUACAGCUGCCAAAGACACACGGAGACGAACACGAGACUCCUGAUGUCACCUCACCUGCCAAAUCCAAGAGGAACUCAGCUCUGAUUGAGAAGCUUCAGGCCUCCCUCGCUCUCUCUCCCUCGGCUCAGCUGCCGUCACCAAAGAGUCCUGGCUUCAGGCUGCGGCCUCCAUCUUUCCCCCCGCCCUCACCUGGCUCCGCCCCCGUGACCACGGUAACCACAGUAACCAGCUCGUCCACACCAACCCCAACCACACCAGUCCCUGACUCUCCAAUAACCGAGGAGGAGGGUCCUACUUCCUUUGAAGCCCCUCCCACCGUGGUGGAGGGAUCCAUCCUGUCCAGCAUCAAUAAGAGUCGAGCUCGUCACUCCAUCAGACGACGCCCUCCGUCCCGUCGCCACAAGAAGUCCAGCAGUGGAGAGGAGGUCAGUGUCGACAGUGGAACAGAAGGAGGAGGAGACCAGGAGGACGUCUUUAAGACAGAUGAUUCAAUGUGUCCUGAAAAAAAAACAAUCCACAAAAACGACGAGUCAAAGACUGAGACCAAAGCAGAGGAGGAGAAGAAAGAGGAAGGAGACAGAUCUCCAUCAGGCGGAGAGGAGAAGGAGCAGGUGCAGGAGGAGGAGGAGCAGGUGCAGGAGGAGGAGCAGGAACAGGAGCAAGAGCAGGAGGAAAGUUCUGGAGAAGAAACAAACAAAGAACAUGUGACAGAAGAAAAGACUGAAGAAAUGACAGGUCAAAGUUCGGCUCGUUGAGGACUCAAACGUUGAAUCCUGCUGCCAUGAUGACACCUGGGAGUGGGCGGAGCUUGCAGCGUGAAGCAGAAGUCUGUGCAGAUGAACGAGCUUCUUUGUUUUGUAAAUAAU